CUUGUUUACUUGUUCAUACAACAAAAAUGGCUAAUGAUGAGGUGAUUCUGUUGGAUUUUUGGCCUAGUAUAUUUGGUAUGAGGCUAAGGAUUGCACUUGCUGAAAAAGAGAUAAAAUAUGAGUACAAAGAAGAGGAUUUGAGGAACAAAAGUCCUCUGCUUUUGCAGAUGAAUCCUAUCCACAAGAAAAUCCCUGUUUUGAUUCAUAAUGGGAAACCAAUUUGUGAGUCUAUUAUUGGAGUUGAGUAUAUUGAGGAAGUGUGGAAGGAUAAAGCCCCUUUGCUCCCUUCUGAUCCUUAUGAGAGGGCACAAGCUAGGUUUUGGGCUGAUUACAUUGAUAAGAAGUUGUAUGAUACAGCAAGGAAGAUAUAUACAACAACGGGAGACGAACAGGAGGCAGGUAAGAAAGAUUUCAUAGAAAUCCUUAAAGUGUUGGAGGGAGCACUUGGAGAGAAGCCUUAUUAUGGAGGAGAUAACUUUGGUUUUGGGGAUAUUGCUCUGAUUGGGUUCUACUGCUGGUUUCAUGCUUAUGAGGUUUAUGGUAACUUCAGCAUUGAGGCUGAGUGCCCAAAGCUUGUGGCUUGGGCCAAGAGGUGCAUGAAGAGGGACAGUGUGGCUAAAACUUUGCCUGACCAACAUAAGGUCCUUGAGUUUGUAAAAAUUCUUAGGGAAAAGCUUGGACUUGAAUAAACAUGUGCAUAUCAUAAUGUAUUGAAAAAAGGCACUUCAUUGUGCCUUUUCUUGAUUUGAAAUGUUGUUUGGUCAUAGUGUAGGUUCUAUUCUACUUGUAAUAAAGGACAAGCUUGUGUCUUGUUGAGUGUUGGCUUUUGUGAUGAGAAGUAAUUACUUUUUUCAUUA